AACUAACCCGAUCGAGUUCGACUUCUACCUACGGAGCCAUGGAGGACUUCUCGGUACUAGCAUUUUUCGAUUAUAGUCGUCCUUUGCCUAACUAUUUCGUGGCAUCUAGGUUGUCUAUGAUGUGCGUCGCUCGCUUGGUAUAAUCUGCACUGAUAUUUCCUCGUCGUUUGUGGCCAACAGGAAUCCGGGUUUAGGUAUGCCUUGCGUUUCUUAAAUGCAGUACACCAGGCCCACAUUCUCCAGCGCGGACGCAAUACAGUCGUUAGCUUACACCUUUUGCUUCAUUUACGCCAGAUCAACACGUUCGGUGUCUAUUCCUGCGCCUGUCUAUUGUUCGUUCUUUCGGUUCUCUGCAGUGUCGUUCGCAAAUGCAUUUUGGCAGAUGCCCAUAUUGCUUGUAGCCUGGCCAAGACACACUAUGAUCCCCCAAGGCGCACCCUCAUCAGUUAUAUCGAGAGGUUCGCAUACGCGAGAAGAAAUGUUUAGUAAACAUCGAGGACGGCAUCAGCCGGCACAUGAUACUCAGUCACAGAGGAUGUAUUUCAUGUAAUCCUCCACCGUUGCUAUUGUAUAUUGUAAUGUAUUUGUGUUGCUGAAGUAUCAAAGGCCUCUUAAUUAUCCAAUACUUACUUUCCAUGUUCUGUCUGGCACUGUCCUACUAUUAAAUUUC